AGAGAGAUAUAUGCAUACCUUGGUUUGCUCUUGAAUGGGUAACUCCAGUUGUAUGACAUCACAACACUUCUUUUUUGUGUUCCUAUGUAAAUGUCUGCCUACAGCAUCUCCAGGUCAUGUGGCAGGUGAAAAAGGACCAUUGGAUUUGAAUGCUGACCAGAGAGGUCGAAAGGGAUUUUAAAAUUUUCCUUAAGCACUGAUGGUUGUCCUCCUGAAUUAAAGCUGAUAAGAAGUAAAUCAGCUGCAGAAAGAGAAUUUUUACUGUCUCAAGAUGGGCAGUGGAGCCAGUUCAGAGAGCAAGGAGUCGGCCAGGAGAUCCAGAGAACUGGAAAAGAAACUCCAGGAAGAUGCAGAGAGGGAAGCCAGGACAGUCAAACUGCUGCUGUUGGGUGCUGGAGAGUCAGGAAAGAGCACUAUUGUAAAGCAAAUGAAGAUCAUCCAUAAAGAUGGUUUCACCUACGAGGAACGCAUGGAGUUCAGACCUAUUGUUUACAGUAAUGCAGUGCAGUCUAUCCUGGCUAUUGUGAAAGCAAUGACUAAGUUAGGAAUCAGUUACGAAAAUCCUGCUAGAACUGAAGACGAGAGGAAGCUGUGUUCCAUGGCAACAACUCUGGAGGAUGGCAGCAUGUCUUCUGAACUGGUUGAGCUCAUCAAACAACUGUGGCGUGACGGGGGGACCCAGGCCUGCUUCGCCAGGGCGGCCGAGUACCAGCUCAGCGACUCGGCAGCCUAUUACCUCGAUGAUUUGGACAGGUUGGCAAUGCCAGACUAUGUCCCUACUGAGCAAGAUGUCCUGCACUCCCGAGUGCAGACCACCGGCAUUAUAGAGACUCAGUUUUCUUUCAAGGAUUUAAACUUCAGGAUGUUUGAUGUGGGUGGACAACGAUCAGAGAGGAAAAAGUGGAUUCACUGCUUUGAAGGAGUUACUUGCAUCAUAUUCUGUGCUGCACUCAGUGCCUAUGACAUGGUUCUGGUGGAAGAUAAAGAAGUGAACAGAAUGCAUGAAAGCCUUCAUCUGUUCAACAGCAUCUGCAACCAUAAGUGCUUUGCAGCCACUUCCAUUGUGCUGUUCCUAAACAAAAAAGACCUCUUUCAAGAGAAAAUAACAAAAGUUCACCUGAAUAUCUGCUUUCCUGAGUAUAAUGGACAAAACACAUUUGAAGAUGCUGCAAAUUACAUCAAGAAACAAUUUCUAGACUUGAACAUAAGGAAACAAGAUAAAGAGAUAUAUUGUCACUUGACCUGUGCCACAGACACCCAGAAUGUCAAAUUUGUUUUUGAUGCAGUCACAGACAUAAUAAUCAAAGAAAAUCUGAAAGACUGUGGGCUUUUCUAACCCUUAAUUCCCUUGCUCAGAGCUUCACUCCACUUUCCUCUCUUCAUCUGAUGUGCUGGCUGAAAUAAAAAAGCCCCUCUAGGUAAGAAUCAAUAUCAGUUAGGCACCCAUUAGCAUCAUUACCAUUGGCUCUACCAUUAGUUGGGUACAGCCUAAGCAUUGCAGAGCAACACAGACCUUCCAGAUACAAGAAGAUUAAAAAAAGUUGUUCCUGCUCUACAAAGAUGACAGCUGCUGAUAAAUCCUAUUGGAAUCAAAGUUGCAUUCCUACUUAAAUCAAUAUCAUAGACUCAUAGAAUUCUUUGGAAGAGACCCUAAAGAACACCUAGUUCCAUCCCUGAUGCCAUAGGCAGCAAAAUCUUCCACCAGAGCAAGAAAUCAGCACUUCUCAGGAAACUGGGGACACCUCAGUAUCCUGAGUCUUCUAGUGAUAGGAUGAAAAAAGUUAAUAUAUAACUGACCUAUUUGUAAUUGAAGCCUAAAGAAAACUAUACCUUUACACAAUAUCAAUACAUAAUUUACAAUCUGUUUUGUAUUUGUGUUACACAAACAACUGAAGGUGACAUGCCAUUUAUUCAACAAAAGCAAACCUCCCCAUAUUUAGAUGGUGGGUGAUGAAAAGCAGUGCAAAUCUGAAUGUUUAAUUAUACUGUUUUGUUAGGAGAGCUAAGGGACAUAUGCAUAAAAACUGCACACAUACAAAAGUGACAAAAUUCCCAAUUUGAGAAAAAUUAAACACAGUAAGAUGGAGGCAAGUUUUGUAAAUCCCUAAGGAGAAAAAAAAAUAAAAAUUAUAUGACUGUCAGUUUCUGCAUAAGUCACAAAGGCAAGUUGAAACAUUUUUGGUUUAUAAUUAAAUAUCAGACUUUCUUAAAAUGUGAUUAAUAAUCUUGCUACUCAGCAGGAAUGGCAGCAGUAACUUCUACCACUGCAGAGCAGAUGUAAACCCAAAGUUCUCAUGGCAAAAGCACAUCCUUGGGAUUCUGGCACAGAGCACCUCUCUCUACACAAAGAUCUUGCUAAUGCAGAACUGCUCUCCCUUAACUCCUGUUGGUUCAUUGUGACUAACUACAGGAAAUAUUAAACUAUUUUAAAUAGAAUGGGACUUUUUCCUGGUUUCAGCCUGGAUAGAGUUAAUUUUCUUCCAAGUAGCUGCCACAGUGCUGAGUGUUGCAUUUAGUGCAAGAAUAAUGAUAGCACGUUGAUGGUUUAGUUUUUGCUCAGUAGCGCUGAUCCUGCAUCCAAGACUUUUCAGCAUCUCUGCCAGUGAGAGAUGCCACAAGAUGCACACAUGGACACGAGGACAGCUGACCUGAACUGGCCAGAGGGACAUUCCAUAGCACAGAACAUCAUGCCCAGGAAAGUGACUGGGGGUGAUUGGCCAGGAGGGUUUGAUGAUGCUCAGGGACAGACAGGGAAUGGGUUAGCAGGUAGUGAGCAUCCACACUGAGCAUCCCUUGGUUUUAUUAGGUUUUAUUCCUCUC